AUGUCAGCGCUUGUCAUUAAUAGUUUUUCUCUAACUAGCAACUACACAAGUCCGGAAUUUUUCCACAGUAUACCUAGUUACCUCCCCUUAAACGGUGUCUGUCAACCAGCCAUGACACAGCUCUCUUCAUUAUCUAUCUAUCUAUCUAUCUAUCUAUCUAUCUAUCUAUCUAUCUAUCUAUCUAUCUAUCACAAUCUAUCUAUUCAUCUAUCUAUCUAUUAUCUAUCUAUUUAUUUAUCUAUCUAUCUAUCUAUCUGUAUCUAUUUUCAUUCCAUCCAUCUUAUCUAUCUAUAUUUCUAUCUAUCUAUCUAUCUAUAUCUAUCUAUCUAUCGUAUCUUUCUAUAUCUAUCUAUCUAUCUAUCUAUCUUUCUAUCUAUGAUAUUUAUCUAUAUAUAUAUCUAUCUAUCUAUCUAUCUAUCUUAUCUUUUUUUAUCUAUUGUAUCUAUCUAUCUAUCUAUCUAUCUAUAUAUUAUCAUUUCGUUUCAUCUAAUUCAUUAUAUAUAUCUAUCUAUCUAUCUAUAUCUUUCUUUCUUUCUUUCUUUCUUUCUUUCUUUCCAUUUCCUCACUUACGUUCUUCUCUCUUUCAUUUUGAUGUCUUUCUUUCUUUCUUUCUUUCUUCCUUUCUUUCUUUGUUCCUUUCUUUCUUUCUUUUCCUUUCCUCCCUCACAUUCUUCUCUCUUUGAUUUUGGUGUCUUUCUUUCUUUCUUUCUUUCUUUCUUUCUUUCUUUCUUUCUUCUUUCUUUCUUUCUUAUCCCCCCCUUAAAUUCUUCUCCCUUUCAUUUUGGUGUCUUUCUUUCUUUCUUUCUUUCUUUCUUUCUUUCUUUCUUUCGUUCUUUCUUUCUUUCUUAUUAUACUUGUUCUUGUCACUUCUAA